GGCGGCGGCUGUGGCGGCUAAGGCGCGUGUGCGGCGGGACCGCGGCGGGUGGGCGAGUGAGCGGCUGGAGAGUCGAGUGGGAGCCGGGCCGGCAGGCCGCCGCCACCAUGCAGGAGAUCAUCGCCAGUGUGGACCACAUCAAGUUCGACUUGGAGAUCGCAGUGGAGCAGCAGCUCGGGGCGCAGCCGCUGCCCUUCCCCGGCAUGGACAAGUCGGGGGCUGCCGUCUGUGAGUUCUUUUUGAAAGCUGCCUGCGGCAAAGGGGGCAUGUGCCCAUUCCGCCACAUCAGCGGUGAGAAGACGGUGGUGUGCAAACACUGGCUGCGGGGGCUGUGCAAGAAGGGCGACCAGUGCGAGUUUCUGCAUGAGUACGACAUGACCAAGAUGCCUGAGUGCUACUUCUACUCCAAGUUCGGGGAGUGCAGCAACAAGGAGUGUCCCUUCCUGCACAUUGACCCUGAGUCCAAGAUCAAGGACUGCCCUUGGUAUGACCGUGGCUUCUGCAAGCAUGGGCCCCUAUGCAGACACCGGCACACGCGGAGAGUCAUCUGUGUGAAUUACCUCGUGGGAUUCUGCCCAGAAGGGCCCUCAUGUAAAUUCAUGCAUCCUCGGUUUGAACUGCCCAUGGGAGCCACAGAGCAGCCCCCGCUGCCGCAGCAGACGCAGCCCCCAACGAAGCAAAGUAACAAUCCGCCAUUACAAAGGUCGUCCUCCUUGAUCCAGUUAACAAGCCAGAACUCUUCUCCCAAUCAGCAGAGAGCCCCGCAGGUCAUCGGGGUCAUGCAGAGUCAAAACAGCAGUGCAGGCAACCGGGGACCCCGGCCGCUGGAGCAGGUCACCUGUUACAAGUGCGGUGAGAAAGGACACUACGCCAACAGAUGCACCAAAGGCCACUUGGCCUUUCUCAGUGGACAGUGACAGCAGCUGGAGCCACCUCAGAGCAGCCUGAAGGGUCUGUUGUUGGGGACGUGUGUUUAACUGGUGCCAGUGUCGGCACAGCCCUGGUGAAAACUGGCAGGCAGGCCAGGCGGGAGUGUCCUCUGAGGGGCAAUGGCUGUUCGUUUCUCUAUCACUUUGCUGUAAUCUCUUUCUUUUUUUAAAAAAGGGACGUUGGGUCCCUCAGGCCGGCAUCAUGUUUGUCUAGGCGCUAGUGCCUCUCUGGGACUCCCCACACACCCACCCUGUGAGGAGGGAGGCCACUGCUGGGGAAGGGCUUGUGCUGUACCAUCUGUAUGGAAGGUGGCCGUCCCCUCAGAGCCUUAUCAAACACCAGUUCUUGGUGACCCGGGGGCCGGUAGAUCAUUCAGAGUUGCUGGUAGAUCAAAGCUGUGGCCAGGCCAUGCCCACUUUCUCCAUGACCUGCUGAACUCAGAAGCUAUGCCUAUCAAUGUGAUUAGGAGGUGGCCCAACGUGGCAGCACUUGAGGGGUACAGGGCUCUGCAGUUUGAGCUUUCUCCUCUGGGCUUAUUUUCUCUUGGGACACCUGCAAGACCAUCUUUUAACCAGAUGACCCAGCCCACCUGUGUGCCACCUCACCACCCGUCCAGCGUGCCAUUGGCAUGUGAAAGAGGCCACCCUGCCCCUGGGCCUGGAAAAUGUGAAACCGUCAACUGCAACCUGCUGGACAAGUGGGCCUACCCAAGUUCAAGUACAAGAACAUUUUUUAUAAGCUUGAUUAAAGCUUGUUUUUUU